UUCAACAACAUAAACGACAAGACAAAUCUAGACUCUUCACGUCGACUCUCCUGCCUCCUUAGUACCCUCCUCCUGCUCGGCUGUCUCCGUAGUUCCCUCCUCCUGCUCGGCUGCUUGGGUCUCCGUCUCCUGUCUCCGUUUCCGCCGCCCCAAGCCUCCACACUUAUUCCAGAAAAAACCUCAGUUGCUGGAGAUGGCAGUCGUGUUCGGUGAUCUUAACUCAGCCACCGGUUUGAAGAAACUUGAUGAGUACCUUCUGACUCGCAGUUAUAUUACUGGGUACCAAGCUUCAAAGGACGAUAUUACAGUUUAUGCAGCUCUUUCAAAGGCACCGUCGUCUGAAUAUGUGAAUGUGUCUCGUUGGUACAACCAUAUUGAUGCACUUCUAAGGAUUUCUGGUGUUUCGGCAGAAGGGUCUGGUGUCACUGUAGAGGGAUUUGCUCCUAUCACAGAAGAGGAGAUUGCAACCCCUCCAGUUGGUGACACAAAGGCAGCAGCUGCCGAAGAUGAUGAUGAUGAUGAUGUUGAUCUGUUUGGUGAGGAGACAGAAGAGGAAAAGAAGGCUGUUGAAGAGCGUGCAGCUGCCGUUAAGGCAUCUGGAAAAAAGAAAGAAUCUGGUAAGUCAUCAGUUUUGUUGGAAGUAAAGCCAUGGGAUGAUGAGACAGACAUGAAAAAGCUCGAGGAAGCAGUUAGAAGUGUUCAGAUGGAAGGGCUACUCUGGGGAGCAUCGAAACUUGUACCUGUCGGGUAUGGUAUAAAGAAAUUGCAGAUAAUGCUUACCAUUGUGGAUGACUUGGUCUCUGUCGACAAUCUCAUUGAGGAACAUCUAAUGUCUGAACCGAUAAAUGAAUAUGUACAGAGCUGCGAUAUCAUUGCCUUCAACAAGAUAUAAUACAUGAAUCCCUGGCGAGAACUGCUGGAGUGUUUUCAAGGACAGGUCUUGUGUGUUCAUUAUCGCUCAAAAAUGAUUAUUAUAUAUUCUAUUAAUGUAUCUGUGUUAUUAAAGAAUAUUUUGUUUUGUUGUGGAUUUUGCUUCUAGCUGAUUGUCUAUCAUGAGUAAUUUUGUAAGUUUUAGACCAUUGUAGCCUGAGAGUGGGUUUUCCUUGUCUAGUUAAACAAUAAUAUUGUGUGUGAAAAAAACGUUUUGACUUGAA